CAGCCCGCUUCCUCCGGCUCGCUGCCUCGUUCUGCCUCAUUGAGCACCCUCGCUUCGCUGUCGCCUUCCUCUUCUGACACCUUAAUCUCGAAACUAUGAAACUGCUGUCUUCUUCCACCCUGCAGCUCGUCGGCACCGCCGCCUUGCUGGUCUCCUCGCUCUCCCUGGGCAAUGCUCUUCCCAACAUGCCUCACGGCGCCCAGGUCGCUGCUGCACAGCUGUCUUGCAACAACUGGGCCGUCGGUGUCUCGUACAACAUCGGCGACUGCGUUACCUAUGGUGGCAGCACCUGGACCUGCCAGAUUCCCCAUAGCGCCAUCAGCCCCUGGGCUCCCAUGGCCGGCAACGCUCUCUGGCAGCUGGUCGGCGACGCUCCCUCCAGCAGCGCUCUCCCUGUUCCCACCACCACUACCACCACCACUCCUGCUCGCACGACGACCACCACCACCACUCCGGCUCGCACUUCAACCACCACCAAGGCCGCAACCUCGACCACCACGACCACGACCACCCCGGCUCGCACAACGACGACGACGAGCUCGGCCGGCCCCGCCCCGACCGGCACCCUCCCGACCUGCCACCAGGCCUGGGUUGCCGUCUGGACCUACCAGGGCGGCUCCAUCGUCAGCUACAACAACGUCGACUUCAAGAACAGCUUCUAUGCCAACGCCGGCGACGAGCCCACAAAGUCAAACAACUGGGUCUCGCUCGGCCCGUGCGAUCCAAACGGCAUGCCCGACGGCCCUGGCCGCGACGGCGUUCCCACCCUCGCCCAGGCCCGCGCCUUCGAGGCCUCCCAGACCAGCUCGGACCUGUUCCAGAAGAUCAAGCGCUCGAUCGCCACCCUCGACAACUCGGUCGUCGAGCAGGUCGCUCCCGGCAAGGCCUCCAACCCGCCCAACGUCAAGCGCGUCGAGCAGAUCAUCCCCCAGAGCAAGUGGAACUACUACUUCUCGGUCGCCAACCCGCUGUACACCUACACCGGGUUCCUCCAGGCCGUCGCAAAGUUCACGGCCUUCUGCGGCGACUACUCGGACGGCCGCGACGCCAACGCCAUCUGCAAGCGGUCGCUGGCGGCCAUGUUCUCGCACUUUGCCCAGGAGACCGGCGGCCACAGCGUCCAGCAGUACGGCAUCGCCGAGUGGCUGCAGGCCCUCGUCGCCGUGCGCGAGAACGGCUGUCCCGAGAGUCCCGGCUGCAGCUACAACAACGGCUGCGUCGACCCUGUCUGGAACUACAUCUGGACCUGCGGCAAGAACCCCGACGGCUCGUUCAUGAACUACUUUGGCCGCGGCGCCAAGCAGCUGACCUACUUCUUCAACUAUGCGCCCUUCAGCCAGAUCAUGUUCAACGGCGACCCGACCGUGCUGCUCAACGACCCCGAUCGUGUGGCCACCUCCUGGCUCAACCUGGCCUCGGCCGUGUUCUUCUUUGUCUACCCGCAGCCGCCCAAGCCCUCGAUGCUGUUUGUCGUUGACGGCACCUGGGUGCCCAACGCCGACGACAUCUCGCGCCAGCUCGGCAACGACUUCCCCACCACCAUCCAGAUCAUCAACAGCGAGUGCCAGGACUCGCCCACCAAGGCCGCCGCCCAGAACCGCAUCAACUACUACCGCAACUUUACCGCCGACCUCGGCAUCGACAUCAGCCACGACAACCUCAAGUGUGCCGGCAUGGGUCUCUUCAGCGGCCAGAGCUCGGCCGCGCUGUUCAUCUACUGGGACAAGGCCGACUCGCCCUUCACCUGCAAGCUGGUCAACUACCAGACGGCCUUCAACGCCCUGAUCGACGACCAGUAUGUCUCUUGUGUUGAGCACAAGUGGAACGUGACCCUCAAGUAAACCAAGCGGCAGCAGGCGCCGUGCCGUUCCACUGACGAGCAUGCAUAUGAGCAUGCAUAUGAGCAUGUAGAUGGGCAUGUGGAUGGGCAUGGCCUGUGGCAGCGACCUGCUGGUGGCCAUGGCUCGUGGCAGCGAUCUGCCGAUGAGCGUCUUCAUGGCCCUGCUUGUCUCCCCGGCCCUGCUUCUCUCCCCCCCUAAUCCUCCUCCGUAAUCGCCUCCGAAACUGUAAUAAACGCCGUUCCUAUGGACACACA